GGAGAAGGCCGGAAUCUGGAGGCCAGUAGAACAUUUCUCAUGUAGGAUAAAAGUAUUUGGAUGAACAUGGACAAAUGACCCGCAGGUAAAGACUGAGCCAUGAGCAUCACCUGUGGUCCACAGGACUCAAGAUAGCUGCAUCACGCCUCUCAGCAUCAGCCUGAAGGAAACCAAGAAUCACAGUGCUUUGAAACCUCAAUUGGAAGCCUCUCAGAGAAAACUUAAAUUGGCAACCAAGCUAAGGCUAAAGAGCAGGAAUCCCCAUCGAUCCCUCAUCACCCCCUGCCUGUGCCCGAUGCACCGACCAAUGGAGAGACUACGGAUAGAGUCUGGAUAAAGUGGAGACAGGCCCAGAAAAGAGAGAAAACAAUUGAACGACUGGCCCGCCUUGGCCUUGUCUGCAAUCAUAGUCGAAGAGAAACUCUGAGUGCUAUCUCAGCUCUGUCGAGAGCAGGUUUCUGAGCUUGUAUUAUCGGGGUGGGUGAAAUGCAGUCCGGGUGCUGGUCCUCUCUUUGGCCCCUGUGGCCCUUGCUGUUGGCCGGACUCUUUCUGUCGGCUGGGGCCCUGGAGUUUGGCGGGGCCCCGGGGCAGUGGGCUCGCUACGCCCGCUGGGAGGCCGGUUCCAUUGGGGAGCUCAGCUUUAGCCUGAAGACCAACGUGAGCAAGGCACUGGUUCUGUACCUGGAUGACGGCGGGAACUGUGACUUUCUGGAGCUGACCAUUGGCGGCGGACACCUGCAACUGCGCUUCGCCAUCCACUGUGCCGAGCCGGCCGCCCUCCAGAUGGAGACCCGCAUCAGCGAUGACCGCUGGCACAUGGUGCUGCUCACUCGCAACUACCGCGAGACCAUGCUGAUGGUGGACGGGGAGACCAAAGUGGCGGAGGUGCGUUCCAAGCGCAAGGAGAUGGCGGUCGUCAGUGACCUGUUCGUGGGGGGCAUCCCACCGGAUGUGCGUCUCUCUGCGCUCACGUCCAGCACUGUCAAGUACGAGCCUCCGUUCAUGGGUUUGAUCUCCAAUCUGAAGGUGGGCGAGAUGCCUCCCACUCUUCUCAACAGCAACGGCAUUCAUAACGAUCUGGAGUAUCUGUGCGUCAAGCAGAACCCCUGCCUCAACGGAGGAUACUGCAGCGUCCAGUUCGGCGAGGUCCACUGCGACUGCUCCCACACACGCUUCCGAGGGAAAUACUGCAAAGAAGAAGAGUACGCGGUGGAAGGUCUGGCGCACCUGACGUUAAACAGCCAAGGAGACUCGUCUCUAGUCGGGAAAGAAGAAUCGGUGGCCACCUUCAAGGGGAACGAGUUCUUCUGUUACGAUCUGUCCAUGACUCCCAUCCAGAGCAGCACGGAUGAGAUCACGCUGUCCUUCCGAACGCUCCAGCGCAACGGCCUGAUGCUUCACACCGGGAAAUCUGCAGACUACGUCAACCUGUCUCUGAAGAGCGGAGCCGUGUGGCUCGUCAUCAACCUGGGCUCCGGCGCCUUCGAGGCGCUCGUAGAACCGGUGAACGGGAAGUUUAACGACAAUGCUUGGCACGAUGUUAAAGUCACGCGAAACCUGCGACAGCACUCAGGCAUUGGACACGCUAUGGUAAACAAACUGCAUUAUAUGGUCACCAUCUCAGUGGACGGCAUCCUGACCACCACCGGAUACACGCAAGAGGACUACACCAUGCUGGGCUCCGACGACUUCUUCUACAUCGGAGGAAGCCCAAACACAGCCGACCUGCCCGGAUCUCCGGUCAGCAACAACUUCAUGGGCUGCCUGAAAGACGUGGUGUACAAGAACAACGACUUCAAGCUGGAGCUGUCGCGUCUGGCCAUCGAGAGCGACCCUAAGAUCAGUCUGCACGGGGACCUGGUGUUCCGCUGCGAGGAUGUGGCGGCCCUCGACCCCGUGACCUUUGAGACGGCCGAGUCCUACAUCGCCCUGCCACGCUGGGACACCAAGAAGACCAGCUCCAUCUCCUUCGACUUCCGCACCACGGAGCCCAGCGGCCUGCUGCUGUUCAGCCACGGCAAACCUCAGAGCAGAGAGCAGCGGCCCGGCCGAGACAUGAAGACUGACUACUUCGCCAUGGAGCUGCUGGACGGCUUCCUCUACCUGCUGAUGGACAUGGGCUCCGGCAGCAUCAAGCUCAAGACCAGCAACAAGAAGGUGAACGACGGAGAGUGGUGCCACGUGGACUUCCAGAGAGAGGGACGGAGAGGCUCCAUCUCCGUCAACAGCCGCUCCAUCCCCUUCAGCUCUAACGAGGGCAGUGAGAUCCUGGACCUGGACAGUGACAUGUAUCUGGGUGGUUUGCCGGAGAGCGGUCAUGGCCUGAUCCUGCCGCCCGAGGUUUGGACCGCGCUGCUCAACUACGGUUACGUGGGCUGUGUCCGUGACCUGUUCAUCGACGGUAAGAGUCGAGACGUGCGGCGUCUGGCUGAGAUCCAGAGCGCUCCGGGCGUCAGCAGCUUCUGCACGCGUGAGCUCCAGAAGAGGUGCAGCAGCGCCCCCUGUGCCAACGGAGGACAGUGCAAGGAGGGCUGGAACCGCUACAUCUGUGACUGCACUGGAACCGGGUUCCUGGGAGCCAACUGUGAGAUCGAGGCGACGGUGUUGAGCUAUGAUGGCAGCAUGUAUAUGAAGAUCCUGAUUCCCAGCACGCUGCACACAGAGGCCGAGGAUGUGGCUCUGCGCUUCAUGUCCCAGCGAGCGUACGGUCUGCUCAUGGCCACCACAUCCAAAGAGUCAGCUGACACACUGCGGCUGGAGCUGGACGGAGGACGGGUCAAGCUCACGGUCAACCUCGACUGUAUCAGGAUAGACUGUAACCUCAGUAAAGGUCCAGAGAUCCUGACGGCUGGUCAGAAACUGAAUGAUAACGAGUGGCACUCAGUGAAAGUGGUCCGUCGUGGGAGGAACCUGCAGCUGUCUGUGGAUAACGUGACUGUGGAAGGUCAGAUGACCGGUGAUCACACGCGUCUGGAGUUCCACAACAUCGAGACGGGCAUCAUGACGGAGCGCAGGUUCAUCUCUGUGGUGCCGUCUAACUUCAUCGGGCACCUGCAGGGCCUGACGCUCAACGGCGUGCCGUAUCUGGACCAGUGUAAGAACGGAGACAUCUCGUACUGUGAGCUGAACGCCCGCUUCGGCAUGCGCCACAUCAUCGCCGACCCCGUGACCUUCCGUAAUAAAGGCAGUUACCUGGCGCUGGCCACGCUGCAGGCGUACGCCUCCAUGCACCUGUUCUUCCAGUUCAAGACCACCAGCAGCGACGGCCUGCUACUCUUCAACAGCGGCGACGGCAGCGACUUCAUCGUGGUGGAGCUGGUCAAAGGGUUCGUCCACUAUGUGUUUGACCUGGGGAACGGCCCGUCUCUGAUGAAGGGAAACUCAGAGAAGCCGCUCAACGACAAUCAGUGGCACAACGUGGUGGUUUCACGCGACACUAACAACGUGCACACGCUCAAGAUCGACUCUCGCACCGUGACACAGCACUCUAACGGAGCCAGGAACCUGGACCUCAAAGGAGAGCUGUAUAUCGGUGGAGUAGCGAGGAGCAUGUACAGCAGCCUGCCGAAGCUGAUCGCGUCUCGGGACGGAUACCAGGGAUGCCUGGCCUCCGUGGACCUGAACGGCCGGCUGCCAGACCUGCUCGCAGACGCCCUCCACAGAGUUGGUCAGGUGGAGCGAGGAUGCGACGGACCCAGCACCACCUGUACGGAGGGCUCCUGUCAUCAUCAGGGGGUGUGUCUGCAGCAGUGGGAGGGCUUCUCGUGUGACUGCACCAUGACGUCCUACGGGGGCUCGUACUGCAGCGAUCCUGGGACGACCUACAUCUUCGGCCGCGGAGGGGCCCUCAUCACAUACACGUGGCCCCCGAAUGACCGGCCGAGCACGAGGGCAGACCGGCUGGCCGUGGGCUUCAGCACGCAGCUGAAGGAGGCCGUUCUGGUGCGGGUGGAGAGCGCCAAGGGACUCGGAGACUAUCUGGAGCUUCACAUAGAGCGCGGGAGGGUCGGCGUGAUCUUUAACGUGGGGACGGACGACAUCGUCAUUGAGGAGAGCGGGGUGAUGGUCAGCGACGGGAAGUAUCAUGUGGUCAGAUUUACACGGAGUGGUGGGAACGCCACACUACAGGUGGACAAUCUGCCCGUGCUGGAGCGCUUCCCUUCAGGGAGCUUUGAUAGUGAACGGCUGGCUAUUGCUAGGCAAAGAAUCCCGUACCGACUCGGUCGGGUAGUUGACGAGUGGCUACUCGACAAAGGUCGGCAGCUGACGAUCUUCAACAGCCAGGCCUUCAUUAAGGUGGGCGGCGGUGAGAAGGGCCGUAACUUCCAGGGUCAGAUCUCAGGGCUGUACUAUAACGGCCUGCAGGUGCUGAAGCUGGCGGCGGAGGGCGAUCCGAACGCUCAGGUGCAGGGGAACCUGCGUCUGGUGGGAGACGUGCCCUCCGUCAUGAGCACCGACACCACCUCCACCACACCCCUCGCAGACAUGUCCACCACCAUCAUGGAGACCACCACCACCAUGGCCACCACCACCACCCGCAAACAGCGCUCGCCCACCAUGAGAGACAGCGUCACGCAGAAUACUGACGAUCUCUUAGUAGCGUCAGCAGAAUGUCCGAGUGAUGAUGAAGAUCUCGAGGAGUGUGAGCCUGGAAACGGAGGUGAACUAGUGUUGCCAAUUAUAACUGUGGAUUCCCUUGACCCCCCAUCAAUUGUGACACAUUACCCAGUUAUUCCCCCGCCCCCGACCUAUCGCCCGUUCCUCACCUUGCUCGAGACCACCAAAUAUUCUCUCCCCUUGCCCGGCCGACCCCCCUGUCCGCUGGACCAGGAGGACUGUGAAGAGCCCAUGGAGGUCUCGGCCUAUGGCUCGGGUGAGAUGACGGAGUCCGAUGAUGAGGACUACUAUAAAAACUCCCCCCUUGUCACUGACCGGACUGUACUCCCCCCUCCCCCUGCGGCCGGGGACCCCCGAGGCGACCGGCCGAUCGCACUUAAUCCCAAGUCCCAUCGCCCUCCGCUCCCGUUCGCCCCCACGGCCCCCCCGGUGCCCCGGCUCAAACCCGGUAUCAACAGUGGCCCCAACAUCCCCGCGGGUAAAAUGAAUACCCGCGACCAGGUGCUGCUGCCGCCCGUACAGUCGUCGGGCGAUCCUGAACAUGGCGGGCGGCACCGGCAUGUCCCAGGUAUAACGUAUCCUCCCAAUUUUCCCCAUGUGCCCACUACAGACCCCUCAUCACCAGACCGAGGGCCUCCAGGAGCAGUGGAGGUGAUCCGAGAGUCCAGUAGCACGACGGGCAUGGUGGUGGGCAUUGUGGCUGCAGCCGCUCUCUGUAUCCUCAUCCUACUCUAUGCCAUGUACAAGUAUCGCAACCGCGAUGAAGGCUCCUACCAGGUGGACCAGAGUCGCAACUACAUCAGCAACUCGGCCACGCAAAGCAACGGAGCCCUGGUGAAGGAGAAACAACCCGGUGCAGCCAAGAUGGGCACAAAGAGCAAGAAGAACAAAGACAAGGAGUAUUACGUCUGAGCUCGGCCUCCAGAGGGACCGAGGCGGAAGCGAGGGGGAGAAGGAGAGAGAUAGGAUGAGGAAUGGAAAGGGAGGUCCGAGCAUUUAUUGCAGUUUA